CUACCGUCCACCAAGAUGGCCGCCCUCCCGAAACAACUCCAGGUGAUGCCGUCCACGUUGCGAAUCCUGGCGCUGACCGGUGUUUGGGGAUCUGGGAGGAAAAUCUACCGAUUCGGGCUGAUGUUCGGUUACGGAUUUAUGAUGCUGCCAAGAUUCGUGUUUGGCGUCGGCAGUGAUAACCUGUCGGCCAUUUUGAAAAGCAUCGGCGAGGUGAUCUUCCUCAGCUCGAUCUUUGUGCCGGCGCUGGUGUUUGCCGGGAAACGGGGGACGUUCGAAAAGGUCGUCACCGGGUUGGGGGAAAUUUUCCAGAAAGCUACAAUCGGUGAACAUUUCAAAGAGUGCUUUGAAUUGAUCGAGCAGCAAAAUGUGAAGAUCAAGAAAUUUGCUGAUUUUCUAACAAUUUACAUGAUGUUUGCCGCGUUUGGAUACUGCAUGCCGUCGCUUUUCAUCUCAUACCUGCGCUAUUUUACCAACGAUGGAACCAAUCCGGUCGUAUUCGUACUUCCAAUGGAACAAGAGUUCUACGGACUGCACAUUCGUACAAACUUGGCACAUUACAACAUUUUUAUGGUAUUUUCACUGUUGGCCUACAUGGUUUGCUCGUACUUUACGCUGGUCAAGUUGACUCUGCCACUUUUCACGAUAAGGUACAGCUCGAUGACCUACCGCUUGGUGGCAAUAAGAAUUCGGAAUUUGACCAGAUAUAAAUCUUCAGCCGCUGAUAUAAAGGAUAUCAUUGAGCUUCACCAACAAGCUUUCAACGUCACAGCCUUGGUCGAAGAAAUGUGUCACAUUCCGGUGGCACUAGAAUUCCUAACGUGUAUUCUCCUUUGGAGUUUGGUCAUGUUUUACAUCUCAACUACAAUGGGCUAGGAUCUGUUUAGCAUUUUGAUCGUGGUAUUUUCAUCACUGGUGGAAGCCUUUGGCUACUCGUACCUCGGCUCGGAG